AACAUUUGGCGAAUUGUUGGAUACAGACAUAUCUCACAGCGUAUGACAUUUACAUCGAUUAUUAUUUAACUUAAUCGUAAACAUUUUAAUGAACAGUUAUGGAAAUUUCUGAAGUUGGAAAUGCAUUAAUCGUCGGUGGAAUUUUGAUUAUAUUUUAUUGGUGUUACAGAAGCGGCCUAAAGUUUUACAUUCUUCAGAUAUUUUAUGCCUGGAUGAUUAAGAAAUACGAGCAAUUGCAUUUAAAAGCUUUUGCAAAAGAAAAGGACUACUUUUCGCAGAUUUUGGAGUCGCACAAGAAAAAGAUGAAUAAGGAUUUGACAAUACUUGAUGUAGGGUCAGGACCAGCCGUAAAUGUAGAUUGUCUGCCUCGACUUUCAAAGUUAGUUUGUUUAGAUCCUAACCCAUUUUUCGAAGAGCAUGUUAAAAAUAAAAUUAAUUCACACACAUCGCUAGCGGAGAUUCAUUUCGUAAGAGGGUAUGCGGAAAACGUGCCGUUCGAAAAUGAAACAUUCGACGCAGUGAUAUGCACACUUAUCAUGUGUGUUGUUAGCGAUUUAGGAAAGUCUUUGGAUGAAAUCAUGAGAGUUCUCAAGCCAGGUGGAAAACUGAUAUUCCUUGAGCAUGAUGUCUCCGAAAAUGACAUGUGGUUUAGUAAGGUGAUUAGAAUAAUGUUGGUUCCAUUUCUUUGGUUAUUGUAUAGCUGUCAUUAUAAUCGAAAGAUUGACAAACACAUCCAAGGAGCGGGGUUUUCUGACGUAGAUAUACAAUAUGUCUUCGUUAAGUCUGCUCCAUUUACUCUUAGAAAAUGUAUUGUUGGAGAAGCAACAAAGUGACUUCAUGAAAAUUGAAUGGUAUAACCAAUAAACUAUUUAGGCUGUCAAUGAACUAUAAAUUCUUAAUGAACUAUUAAAGCUUUCAUUGAACUAAUAAAAUGUUCAAUAAACUAUGAGAGCAAUGUCUUUAUCUCAUUUUAUGUCUUUGGUAUAAUUUACAUGUAUUUACAAAAGUAACUCGUGUCAAAAUUCGGCUGUGUUCGUUAGUUUCCGUAUCUGAAAUUUAUAUGUUUUGGCCAAGAUCUUGUGUUUCUUACGGUGGCACAAAGGUGACAUGUGUGUGUUUUUAUUUAUCUCGUGGCCACGAGAUACUAUGUCGUGGCCACGAGUUACUAAGUCGUGGCCACGAGAUAGCUAAGUCGUGGCCACG